GUUUCAAUCCACCAUCCGAUUUCUCCAUUUCUAUGAGAACAUGCCAGAAGAACUUCUAAGAGGCACGCAGCACAGCCUUACAUUUGCUCAAAUUCAGAAUCGAACCGAUGCAUUACUUGCAACGUUUCUGAACGCCUGUGGGAAUAACGAUGCCGCCCUUGCGUUACAACUGGCGCCCAAUCGCGAUGCCGGUGCAUUGACGUUUGGACUCAACAGGGCCAUAGGUGGAAGUCAUCUUGAUCUCGCACGCCAGUUGCUGGGAGCGGGAGCGAAAUGGGACGCACAAACAGUAAGACUGGCGUCCAGAUCGCUGGACGCAGUGAAAUUACUCGUGGAGUGUGGUUUCGACGUCAACACUGGUUUAGUCGCGGGUGGUACGCUCCUUCCUAAGGUGGUGGGGCACAAUGAUGAACCUUGCGUUCGAUAUCUCCUGGAACGCGGAGCGAAUCCCAACCUUGGCCCUCCAUCGAUUAAAAAUGGGCCCCUUUAUCUGAUUCAUCCGAUACCCAAUUCAGGUUGGGCUCUGAAUGCGGCAGCCGCUUUUAGCACGCCAGAGAUAUUUGCUCUCCUGCUUUCCUAUGGUGCCGAUAUCUCAAAUGCUAUACCGCUCCAUUACGCAGUUAGAACAUCACCUAAAGAAGUACCCGGCAGCCGAAUUCCGAUGCUAGAGUAUCUGGUUGGAUUGGGACUUGAUAUCAAUGCUAUGGACGAUGCAGAUGAUGGCCUCGGACAGCAUGGAACACCUCUCCAGCACGCUGUGACGUGGAGACGGGUGGAGGAAGCCAAGUGGCUGCUGGACAGAGGGGCAGAUCCCGAUAAGAAAAACCCAUGGGGGAUCUCGGCGAGAGAUCAAGUAAAGAGAUUGCCACCCAGCCACGAACUUGCGAUCCUUUUGUCGACUAGUCAGACGGAACGACCAUCUGAAGAACAGUAGAGAGACCCGAAACCAACGGUUUCGACAUUAACGAAUGGAAAGAAUUUUGACUAAUUAACGUACCGUACGGAGGAGGGGGAGCGCUCCUGAUUAGUCUGCCGUACCCUUUGGUACAACAACGGAAGUAAACGGACCAUAACAUACCUGUUUUUUAAGCAAUUACACAGACUUACCUCUUGUGUCUCUUAAAAUUUGGCUACAACUAGUAAUUGGCGC